AGCACCCAUAGGUACCGAAGAUGGGCUAUUCCCUUCAACAUUGACUUGUAGCUUCAUACCAGGAAAGAAAUGGAGCCUAUUACCGCAGAUAAAGAACGUGUGUAGUGUUGCAGCUCUGUAAGUUGUCCUUUUUCAAAAAAAAAAAAGAAGGUUGUCUUUAGACACUUUGUAUCGAUGAGUAAUGGAACACUAGCAAUUAUAUAUAGAUUCAAGCGGAUAUAAUUAGAUUUAAUGCAUGUACAUCAUGCUGGGUACCAGCAAUAGUUUCAUAGAAUGUUUUCAUCACAAGUAGUAAAAUGUGUGCAGGUGUCUAUGAUACUUGGAACAUCACCAACACUAAAAUCCCCAAAAUGAUGCGGAGGGUGAAAGAAAUAGCAUCAUUGACCUCUUGUCCAUAAUUUCUAUAUCUAAAAAUGCAUUGUAAUUUGUAAAGGCUCGUACUCAACUGGAGAUAUUCGUCUACCACAAUUCACAAGCUGUUUAUAUAUUGAGACUCAGUAGUUGAGUAGAAGUAUAAAGUUUUUUUGUAUGAUGUUUAAUUUUUUAUAGAUGGUCUCGAAAUGUUUGUAGAUACUUCUCAAACUUUGUAUGAAAUGCAUAUGUAACAUGGAGAAAAUAUUUCUUACAAAAUUAUAGAUCUUAACAUAACUUAAUAAUAUAUUCAAUGUUUAUUUGAAUCAUCUACUUGCACAUGCUAAAAACGACAGUGGUAAAUCAUAAAUAUAUUACAAUAGAUAGGAGAAAACAAAAUCAGUUGAUGGUCUUAACUAACAAGAUGCAGCUAUUAGACUAUUGUAAAAGGAUGAUGUUAACUUAUUUAGUAAUUAAUUAUGUACUACUCAUCUUGGGAAGAUACUCGCUUGGACUUGGUUUAUUUAGUUUUAGCUACGUUUUUUAAACACAGUUAUGUUGAUAUAAAUACUACCUCCAUUUCAAAAUGUUAAAUAUUUAAGAAAUUUCACACAUAUUAAAAAAUAUCUUAAAUUUUGAAGUUUACAAUUUAUAAUUAUUACUUAAUAGAAAUGCAUUAAAAUGUAAAAUAAUGUAUUUUUAAACAAUUAGUUUUCUAUAUAAUGUAUUUUUUUGAAACAGAAGAAAUAUUAGUUAGCAUUUUUUGUAAAUUACUUUUAAUGAUUCACGAAAUUUCAUGUGUAUGAUAUCAUUGUCCUUUUGAUGUUUGUGACAUCAGACAAGUUAUUAUUUAUGUAUUAAAAGUUUCUAGAUUCAUAAAGUUAAUUAUUGGAAUAAUGAAAUAUAGUUUCCCCUUGCAUGAAGGAACCGGAGCAAUACUUUAUUUUUUCGGAGCAAUACAUUUUACUAUAACUAAUCAUUUUCAUCAGCAAACAAUCCAUACAAAUUCAUAUCGAUAUGUUGGAUUUAUCUAUAUAUCCACAAGAGUGAUCAACGUAUUUAUGAAAGCUUAAAAUCCGGACAAGAGGAUGCUUUUUUGCGGAAAGUUUUUCUUUGUUCUUUUGUAUAUGGUACAACGAAUGGGACUGAAAACAUCCAUUAAAUAAUUCCUAUAUGUUUAUACUAUACCCCAACAUCUCAUUAAUAUCCCCCCGUCAUAUAUGUACUUGGUCACUCUUAUCUAUUCCUUACAACCUAUGUAUGUUCAUUAUGCUAUCGUUGUUCUCAUUAACAUUUGACAGUUACACAUGAUCUUGAUCAUCCCGAAAGCGAACAAAAAUAGUUUAGAAUUCGACCGUCAAAUUUCCAUUGCAACUCCGAAUGUCAUUACUCAUUGUUAGACGGUUUAAACCCAUAUAUAUAGAAGAAUCACUCGCAUUUUCAUUUUUCAGUUCUCCAUAUCACAACAGUAAACGAUUUCUCAACACUCGUUUCAAACAUCAACAAUGGAAAAUGAGAAAGGUGCGAGUUCAAGUACAUUCAAAAUGGGCAAUUCUGCACAAGAGAGGAGUUUGCCGUAUGUGCCUGAUUGUUACGCUGUCCCGCCUUCAUACGAGCCACGUGAUGCGCUCGACUCAAAAUCUGAAAGCGUACCCACGAUCGAUAUUUCUCGCUUGAAAGGCAGCGAUGAUGAGCGUCGAGGGGUUAUUCAAGAAAUAAGAUUGGCAUGUCAAUCUUUCGGGUUUUUUCAAAUAGUGAACCACGGAAUUGACCAGAGCAUACUGGACGAUGCAUUGGCGGUUGCGAAAGGUUUCUUCGAGCUGCCGGCGAAAGAGAAAAAUAAAUUUAUGUCGAACGAUGUGUAUGCACCAGUUAGGUACACUACGAGUCUAAAGGACGGUGUGGACAAGACCCAAUUUUGGAGGAUAUUUCUAAAGCACUAUGCACAUCCUCUCCAUCGUUGGAUUCACCUCUGGCCUCAAAACCCACCUGAAUACAGGGAAAAAAUAGGAAAGUUUUGCGAGGAGGUGAGGAUUCUAUCUCUCGAGAUAAUGGGAGCAAUAACGGAGAGCCUAGGACUAGGAAGAGACUACCUGUCGUCUCGGAUGGGCGAAAACGGCAUGCAAGUCAUGGCCGUUAACUGUUAUCCACCGUGUCCGGACCCUAAGACGGCGCUAGGACUGCCGCCACAUUCAGACUACAGUUGCAUCACCAUCCUUCUACAGAACUUGACCGGUCUCGAGAUCUUUGAUCUGACGGCUCACGAUGGCUCGGGCCGCUGGGUUCAUGUCCCAGAAGUCAAAGGUGUACUCAAGGUCCAUAUUGGUGACCAUGUCGAGGUGCUAAGCAAUGGAUUAUACAAGAGCGUCAUUCAUAAAGUUACUCUGAACGAAGAGAAGACGAGAAUCUCCCUCGCGAGCUUGCAUAGCUUGGGUAUGGACGAUAAGAUGAGCGUACCGUGCCAGUUGGUUAACGAUGAAAACCCGGUUCGGUAUAGAGAGAGCAGUUUUAAUGAUUUUCUUGGUUUUCUUGUCAAGAAUGACAUCUCUCAAGGGGAUAGGUUCAUUGACACUCUUAGAAUCAAGGACUGAUCGAGUUCUAACACGUGGUCAAUGGUUAAUGGUGUAAGAGUAAUAUUUCAUCAGCUUUAGUGUAUGACCACCUAUAAUUAUAAAGAAUUUUCUCCAUAAAAUAGUACCAUUUUGAAACUAGCGACACAAAACUAGGAAAAAAACCUAUUUCAACAUGAACUUUACCCGUCCACUCAAAUAAUAACUUCUUUCUUCGCUACCUUUAGUAUUCGGAUAAACACUCGGAGUACAUAGGUGAGAAAGGAGCGCUUUUCUAAGCUCAGCAAGACCGAAUGGAAUUCAAGUAUAUGGUGUGUAUAUUCCUUCCCGAACUUUGUAAUAAUGCGUAUUACAUACUGAACUAAAUAAAAAUUUAAAUAUACUAUAUGAACAUUAAUGCAUCGUGCCUUUUCAUUACCGAACUUUUAGUAGUGCAUAUUUCAUACUGAACUAAACAAAAAUUUAAAAAUACUACAUGAACUUUUAAAAUCGUGCUUCUGUAUAUAUUUAUCGUCAAAGGUGUUAAUCAUCCGUUAAUUUAUAAAAACGACAUUAUUUUGGAUGAACUCUGUAAAAUUAAAAAUUAAAAAUUAAAAAUACUACAUGAACUCUCAAAAUCGUGCUUAUAUAUAUUGACCGUCAAAGGUGUUAGUUAUCCAUUAGUUUAUCAAAACGCGUUAUCUUGGAUAAAUUCUGUAAAGUUAAAAUUUAUUUUUUGGGAGACUCAAACUCUCACACUGAUGGACAAGGAUAAAGUAAAUAUUUGAAUAAAAAAUAAAUAAUUUAAACUUAUAAAAUAAUAAUUUUAAAAGGUAAAUUUAAAAACAUAAGUAAUUAUAUAUAGAUUUAUUUGAUAAAACUAAAACAAUAAAAAUUUGAUAACAUUUAUUUGAUUAAACUAAAAAAUAUAUAUAUAUAUAUAAGUUAAUGUUUACACAAUUUAUACAAGAACAUUAUUUUGGUUUAUAGAUGUUAUCCAAAAUGACGUGGUUUUGAUAAAUUAACGGAUGACUAACACUUUUCGGUAUAGAAUAUGCAUUACUAAAAGUUCAGAAAUGAAAAGGCAGGCACGAUACAUUAAAGUUCAUAUAGUAUAUUUGAAUUUCUGCGUAGUUCAAUAUGGAAUAUGCACUACUACAAAGUUCAGAAAGGAAUUAGCACUACUGGCAAAGUUCAUGUUGAAAUAGAUAUUUUUUCCCACAAAACUAACACAUGAUACUACACAAAACUAUCAACCAACAAUUCCAAACCGAUUUGUUGAUUAAUAAAAAGUCGAUUUCUUCUUCUCCACAGACUCACGCAAAAUCUAUUACAAAUCGUUACAUCUUUUGGAGACAAAAUGCAAUUACAUAGUUUUUUCCAUUAACUUUAUAUCACAGUCUUUUACUUUUAUUCAACAUUACGUAGGCUUGUUUUCUUUUGUUUCUGAGUCAUAAAUCAUUAAUUAAUUUUUCUUUUAUUUUAAUAAAUCAUUAAUUUACACGCAAUUAAUUUACGUAUGCUACAGCAUGCUGGAACAGCUCGAACAAUGUUUCUACCACGCAGGUGGUGCAGCUCCAGCCGCAGGUGCAGCAGGAGCAGCAGCAGGUGCCGCAGGUGCAGGAGCAGCAGCAGGUGCCGCAGGUGCAGCUUCAGCAACAGGUGCAGCAGGAGCAGCAGCAGGUGCAGCAGCCGCUGGUAAUGGGAUUGUUCCAGAAAAAGUUCGACUACCCCAAGUCACAGUCCAUUUAAUUCCACCUCCCGAUUUAUUAUCGAAUGUUCCAGUAUAUGUUUUUCCUAACACCGAUCCCUCGAAUUGACCUGAAUAUGUUACCAAAUUCAACGGUGUUGGGGAUGAAAAAAGCAACGAAGUUCCUCCCGCAGGCCUACCACACCACACACACAGGUUUUGAAGAAAAAGACAAAUAAUCAGUUAAACUAUAAAUAGAGGUAAUAACAACAAUAAAGUGUAACUAGGUCCAAAAGAGGUAGCAUAUAAAAAGAAUCAUAGACAAAGGAGAGUAAGUGUGUGUUCAAAAAAAAGAUAGAGAGUAAGAGAU